AGCUUGCUGCCACGCCUGUUCUCUCUAAAUAAAAAGUUCGCCACAACCAAAACUUCCUCAUUUUAGUGUGGAAGAAUGGACAACCCGAAAGUAUUCUUCGACGUGGCGGCGGACGGAAAGCCUUUGGGGAGAAUUGUGAUGCAGCUCCGCAAGGACGUGGUGCCGAAGACAGCUGAAAACUUCCGGGCACUGUGCACUCAUGAAAAAGGCUUUGGCUACAAAGGGUCCAGAUUUCACCGGGUCAUCCCCGACUUUAUGUGCCAGGGGGGUGACUUCACCAACCACAAUGGAACCGGAGGAAAAUCCAUCUACGGCAAUAAGUUUCCGGACGAGAACUUUGUUUUAAAGCACACCGGCCCUGGCAUCCUCUCAAUGGCCAACGCAGGGCCCCACACCAAUGGAUCGCAGUUUUUCCUCUGCACUGUAAAAACGUCCUGGUUGGACGGAAAGCAUGUGGUCUUCGGUUCUGUGGUGGAAGGCAUGGAUGUGGUCAGGGAAAUUGAGAGCUAUGGCACCAAAAGCUCUGGAAAAACUAAAGCGAAAAUUGAGAUCGUCGAUUGCGGUGAGCUCUGAGCUCAGUACCGAAAGGAGCAUCUUUUUUGCCCUGGCAAGUCCAGUUUUUUUUUUCUCCAGUGAUCACGAUGCAUUCCAAGUGCUACUUUCCGGCCUGUUGUAGCGCAAAAAUGUUUGUCGCAUGACCAAAUAAAAGUUUUAUAAGAGAUUGA